AUGGACCACUACAUAUUUGAGUGUGAGGAAAGAACACCGUUUAUCUCCAAGCACCUCACACUAUAUGGCUGGCGUUCAUAUUUAUACUCCGAUACAUGGAGAGGAGAACCAGACUUCAGAUGUGCUUUUUACAAAACGGUUAGUGAAGACCCACCAAUGUUCAAGAUGGUGAUUAGUGGGUGGAACUCGUGCGAUGGUCUAUUGAAGAGAAUGGAACAAUCUGAGCAAGCGGUUCCCGAGGGGUCCCGAUUGUCCGCCGAUGGAACGAUAUCUCUUCUUUUUAGUAGAGACUUCCCAGUAGUGCCAAUGUGGAGUCCAUCGAAGAGAAUGGAACAAUCCGAUAAAGCGGAUCCCAAGGGGUUCCGACGUAUAACCGAUGGAUCGAUAACUCUUAUUAUUGAAAACUUCCGACAAAGGCUCAUUCCUGGACCGUCACUCAUAAUUUGA